CUCUGGAGAGCACCAGGUCGAUUUGGAGAAGGAGCUGGCCACCCUCGCGGAGCAGGCACCCGAGGGGGAGGAAGCCAGAUAUGGAGAACGACUUAUUCAAUACGCAUCAGAGAACCUGGUGACAGAGAUCCUGAUCCACCCUCAGAUGAACACGCUGAUGCAAUGCAUGCGUAAUCUCCUCAGCUCGUUCACACGCCAUCGCCACCUCGUGCACGCGGGGUACACCUUCGCAGGGAAUGGCUCCUGGAUCAUGCAGGACGGGACAUUCUCCCUCGCUGAUUUUACUGACGCUUAUCAAGAAAAUGAAGUACAGCGCGUCAUCCGCGCAUACGAGAAUUCUAUAUCGAUUACGAUUCACUGUGCGGCUGCCGGUGACUGGGCAAAGCUGCCCCAGAUGCCUUUCGUCAAGCACUGCAAGAUUACUGUCAACCCCACUGACAUACUCGACUCUGGCUCGCAAGCCAUCAAGGAUUUUACUACUUACCUGGAACCCUACAUCGUGCCAGCAAGCUUGGAGCAGCUGCUGGUGUCAAGCGACGUGGUCGGCAACAUCCGCUUCAGCCACCCCACGCUGUACGUCUUCCCCGGCGGACAAGGCGACGCUGCCCUCUUCGGGAUUAACGGAUUCAACAUGCUCGUGGACGGCGGGUUCUCACGCAAGGCGUGCUGGUGGGACUUCGCCCGGCAUCUGGACCGGCUGGACGCGGUACUCCUGACGCGCCUCAACAAUUGCUCGGCUGCGGGCAUGGCCGCCGUGCUGCGCCGCAAGGCCACCGCCAACGUGUACCCACAGAUCGGACACUUCUUCUGUAACCUAGAAGAGAGACGAGCUGUGACAAGUCCCGAUGGUGACAAGGAUACCGAUCCUCUGCUUGUCUCCCUCUUGCAAGAGGGUUCUGACAUGAUGGCAGACCUACGACAUAUUAAUCUGAAACCACAACACUGCUACCGGAGCCCUGAACCCAUAAACUUGUACCAUAAAGUUGGUCAUGGUACUCUCGACAUGUACGUACUGAAUCCGUCCAAGGACUCGAAACACGUUCGUGAAUUCCUAAAACGAUGGCACAGUAGUGAACAAAAGUUAUUUGAAGGAGCGAGUGUGUCAGGACAAUUUAACUUUCCGAUUCCUAAUUUAGUAUCGAUAUGUGCGUUACUCGUGUGGCGUCCUGCCAAUCCUGAUGAUACGAUAACUAGAAUAAUGUUCCCCGGUUCUACGCCGCAACAUAAAAUCUUCGAAGGCCUCGAGAAAUUAAAAAACUUGGAGAUUCUUCAACAUCCCACCUGCACCGGCCGCCAGCUGGCGACUGCCGCCGCGCCCGCGCCCACGCCCGCCGCGCCCGCCGCAAUCUCCGUUAUCAAAACUAAAGCAAAAAGUAAAGAAAGAAGUAUUAUUACAGAAACAAAGACAAAAGAUGAAAAAAUACACGAAACAGAACACACAAGAAUUAAGGCAGUCAAAGAUGAGAUUGAUUCUAAAAACUUAAUCGAUAAUAAGUUGUUAAAUGAAUUGGUCGAUGGAGAAGACAAAAAAAUUGAAUCAGUUUUGCAAGAAGCUAUCGCUGCAAGAAUGGAUUCCAAAUUGGACGACAAAUUCGCUCAAUACGAGAGCACCGUUGUUGAUGGCUUACCGAAAAAAAAGGAAGCUAAAAAGAAAGAUAAGCCCAUCGAUAAAAAGGCUAAACGAACUGAUGAUACUAAGGAGCCAAUAACGAAAGCUGCUGACCUCAAGAAAGCGGAAACCGAAGCGAAAAUAAAACCCGAUAUUAAGAAAAAAUCUGACUUAAAAGCAAAGCCCGAAACUCCAAGUACUGUCGGCAAAAGUAAAAUUAGUCACCGAACAACUCAAAAGAAGGUAACCUCUACUGUAACUGAUAAACGUACUAUUUUAGACGAUAAAAAAUCUCCUCCCACGACACCGAAGAAAUCGGUUGAACCUAAAUCGAUUACGAAUAUUAUAAGCAAAGAAAAAGUGAAAGGUAAGACUAGACGACAAAGCCCAAUUACUACACCUGCUAAAAGUGUAAAAGAAGCCAGCAACCGUAGAGUUGUUGAAUCUAAGUUAAAACAAGCAUCUCCUAAGAGAGAUAUUCCUCAAAAAGCUUCAGAUAAAAAAGAAACGAAACCUAAGCGAGAACCCAUUUCUAGACGACCAAGGCCUAUAGGUUCACCGAUAAAAGGUUUAAAAUCUAUGAAGAGCCCCUUAAAAUCUGUUAAGGCAACUAAGGGCGACACUGCAAAAUUGAAAGGUUUACAGAGAGUGAAUUAUGAAGAUAUUUUAAAAGACGCUAAAAAAUCUGACGAAGAUACAUCAAAGUCACUUGACGAUAUUAAACAACAAGAACUGGACGAAAGAGAAGAGCAAGAAAUUGUGAGAGAAAUAGAAGCUGUAUUUAAUAGAGAUAGCGAAGCUGAAGAAAAAAUGGAAUACGUCGGGCGUUCAGAUAUAGAAAAGAUUACGUGUCUCAUAGAUGACACAAAAACAGACAUUCCUGCUGACACUGAGUUUGAAGAGGAAUAUUUAAUAAUAGAAAAGGAAGAAGUUGAUCAAUUUACUGAAGAUUCUAUAGUAGAACAGGAAAUAAGUCCAGAAAAAGAAGCAGACAUAUUAAAGCAUUUAAAAGAUAAAGAUGAAUGUGAAAAGAAAAAAGAGGAUUUAACUAGCCAAGUUAAAAUAACAUCAAAAACAGAUACAGAGAAAAUAACUAAAGAGGAAAUCAAACAUGAUUCAAAAGAACACUCUGAAAGCUUAGAAGAAAAACAGGACAUUAGCAGUGAAAAGAAGACAACAGAUAGUAAAAGUCUGCUUUUGAAAGCAAAGGACUCACUUGAUCUUAAUAUUGUACAAGAGUCACAACCAGAUGAAAAAAUUUCAACUACCGUGGAAUCUGGGGCUACCACGGCGCCUACUCUACCUGAAGAUGAACGUAUAACAUUAGAUGAAAUAAAAGAAGAUCAGCAUGUUGAAGAAAAGUAUACUAGAGAAGAAACGAAGGAAACCCAUAUGCCGCAACCAUUUAUCGAUAGGAAACCACUAGUAUCUGAAAGAAUACCCAUAAAAGAACCGCAACCAGGUCCUCUCAGAGACGUUGUAAAGACGCCUGAUGAAGUUGCUGACCUUCCUUUACACGAAGAGGUAGAUUACAGAACAUUUGAAGAAAAGAAAACACCGAUCGAAGAAACCGUAUAUAAACAAAAGUUAGAGGUUGAUUUACAGAAAGAUUUGAAAAUUCCUAAAGACCUCCCAAUAAAAGACGCAAUUUCUAGGACUAUACAAGAUGAUGUUAUAAUUAAAACAGUCGAACGUGCAUCUCAUCCUGAAAUAGUUACUGUGACACCGGGUUCAGCGCCAGAAUCCCCGAUGUAUCAUGAUCAAACAAAAGUUAUAAUAACUCAAGGCAAAGAUUUAGAACCAGUAAAGGAAUAUGAUGAUAAUGAGUAUAUUUAUGGACAGUUCACGGAAAAAUUACGAGAAACUCAUAUUACAACUUUGGAUUCGCCAAUAAAGGACGAAGUAAAAACUGUAGAUGAUACUCAAACGGGACUUGAAAAGAUACCUUCAAUACCUGAAGAUGUAGAAAAAGAAAUUGAGGAAGAAGAUAAGUUGGAAACAUUAGAAAAAUCAUCCCUUAGUCCUAAGGAUGUGGAGCGGAUAGUAGCUGACGUAGCACAAGUUCUUAAAUCAGAUAAAAGUCUAGAUGAAUUAAUAGCAGAAAAAUCACCUAUAUUUCGUAAAUCUCCAGAAGGUUUUAAGAAAAUUGAUGAUACACAUUAUAAGGAAAUAUCACCAAUGAGAUCACUUACAUCUGAAGACGUUAGUGAUGUAUCAGACAAAACGGUGUUGAGCGAUGAAAAAAAAGUAAAACGUGAAACAAAACUUGACACAGAAUUGAUAAGUACUUUAACAGAAAGUGAAGUGAAAAAACCACAGCCAAAAUUAGAUAAUGGCGAAGUUGCGAAACAUUUAAGUGAAAUCACUGAUGAAAAGCAAGAAAAACGUUUAAGUAUUACAUUAGAUUCCGCGAAAACUUUAGAGAAAUUAGAGGAAAAAAUAGCGGAUUUAAAAAAGAAAGAAGAAAGCACCCAAAAAGAGGUUAAACCAAAAGAAACUAGUUUAGAGAAGAAAGUAUCACAAGUAGUAACCACCAUCGAUUCACAACUAACAAGUCAAGAAAAAGAAUCAGAGUUACUUCUCAAAAAAGUUUUUGAAGAACAACUUUCUUCUGAGAAGGUGACCGACUUUGAUGAAAAAUUCGAUAAAGACAUAAUCGAACAAGACAAGAAAGUUCUGUUAACACCGACAUCGAUUGACAUUCCACCGGAUACUGAAAAAGAGAGGGAUAGCUCGGAAACAAGUAUAUAUGAAGAAAAACUAAUAGGAACUGAUUCACGCGACGAUCUAAAAAUGGAUGUCGGCGCAGAAAUUUUAUUACAAAGUAAUAUCGUUUCUGACAAACUUGACGAAAAGCAAGUAGGUUUAGAAAAAGAUAGUAUUGUAAAAGAAUAUAAUGAUAAAGUGUUACCUUUUGAUGGAGGUACUACUUUUGAUGAUUUGGAUGACAUUCAAAAUUAUACUGAAAAGCUACAAAUGCUUACACAAAAAUCUCAUAGGACAGAAAUGAUAAUGCUUGGGCUUGUUGAAGAUAUGGAACAAGAUCAAUAUAUUCGGAGCUACAAAGAAAUAUCUCAGCCAAUUAAAACAGACAAUGAAUCGUUAAAAAUAGUUCUCAAAGAUCUUAUUACAUAUGGAGAACCUGAAUAUAUUGAAACAGUUAAAGAUUGCGUAAUAACGACAAAAACACAUACAGUGCAACGAAAUAUAGUAACUAAGAUAAUUAAAACAAAGUACAGCACUAAAAAUGGGUUGCUCGUAAAAUUAAAGACCUCAAAAACUAUAGUUACAAAAGAUAAAAAUCCAGAUGGCUCUUUUGUAAGUAACGUUGAAACAAAUAUUUAUAUCUCCGAUAUAAUUGCUGUGUCAGAGCAAGCCGAGAAAGAUCUAAAGAACGAUUUACAUGAAUUAUGCGAAAACAUUAUAGACGACGUCAAAUCAUCAAUUAUUCAUACAGACGGUGUUAGUAGAAUAAUAAGCGAAAGAGAGGCGGAUAAUUUAUUGAAAGAACUUGUUCAGAUUAGUGAACCUGAAGAAUAUGAAAUAAGUGGUAUAAAAACUAUAAACACAAACAACAUUACGGUUUAUCGCACAAUUAUGACUAAAAUAACAAAGACUUUGUAUUAUCAUGAAAAAGCUUCUACUUUUAAAGUUAUAAUAGUAACUUCUACUACAGAAAUCGAUAAAUCUCCUGAGGGAUCCACAAGUUCAAAACACGAGAAAAGUAUAGCAAUAGCAGAUAUGAAUAAGAAAUUAGAAGAACUAAAAGGUUUUCUUACACAGAAAAGCGAAAACAGAAAAUACGAAGGAUUGCUACCAAUAGGUGAACCAAUUAUAUCAGAAACAAAAGAAAUGACAUUUGUAACAAAAAAUACGGUAACAAUAAGACAAAAUGUAAUUACAACUACAAUAAAACAAGCAUUUAUACACAUGAGUCAGAAAGUGUUCAAAUGGACGAUAACAGAAGUAAAAACGGAUGAAUAUCCUAAUGGCUCGGCAGUAACAAAACACAGUAAGCACAUAUCUUACCACCAAGUGUCAGGCGAAGAAAUAGAACAAAAACCAAUAAGUUCACAAACACAACAAGUUAAAGAAUCAAUAUCAAAGAUUGACCAUUAUGACUAUGGAAAAAGUCUUAUAAAAACUACGGAAAAAAUUAUCACUACAAAAGAAGAAAGGAUCACAGAGUCACCCAUUGAAGAGAAAACUAUUGAAACACUGACAACAGUUCGUAGUCCAUUAAAGGAAAAAGAAAUACUAGACAUGGCAAAAGAUAAAUACCUAAGCCCCAUCGAAACACAGGAAGAAGUAGAGAAAUCAACCUCAAUAGUUCUGGAUCAAAAGAUGGCCAUUGAUAAACUUGAUAAAGAGAAAACACCAAGUGAUGUGGACACUGGCGAAAAGACCGAAAAACAAAUUCCUGCUGCUAUUGAUGAAAAAAUACCAAGCUCUGGUGAAAAAGGGGAAAAUGCCAAAAAAUCAGAACACACUUCUCUUCUCGAGAAACAUACUAUUGACGAGAUUGUAAAAGAGAAAACACUGAGCCAAGUCGAUAGAGCCGAAAAACUACAUACAACAACAGUGGCUGAAAAACUGACUAUUGAUGAACUCGUUAAGAAGAAAACACCCAUCCUAGUUGACAAGGAGGACAUAGCCGAAAAACCAGAACCAACUACAAUGUCUGAAAAACAAAGCAUUAAGGAACUCAAAGAAAAGACACCAAGCCCUGUCGACAAGGCCAAAAAACCCAAACUGAUUGAUGAGUCUGAAAAACUCAUUGUUGACGAACUUGUACAAACCAAAUCACCAAGCCCAAUAGACAAGAUUGAUGAGGCCGAAAUACUAAAAACAACCGAGGUGUCUAAAAAGGCCACUGUUGACGAACUUGUCAAGGAGAAAACACCGAGCCCUACCGACAAGGAGAUUAAGAUCAAAAAAUCAGAACAAAUUACUGUAUCUGAAAAGCCCACUGUUGACGAAAUCUCGAAAGACAAAACCCCAAGCUUUGUCGAUAAGACCGAAAAACCAGAACCAAUUGCGGUGUCUGAAAAGCCCACUGUAGAAGAAAUCUCAAAAGACAAAACCACAAUUCCUGUCGAUAAACUCGAAAAACCAGAACCACUCGCGGUGUCAGAAAAGACCACUGUUGAUGAACUCGUUAAGGAGAAAACACCAAGCUCGACAGACAAGAAGAUAAAGGAUGAAAAACCAGAACCACUUGCUGUGUCUGAAAAGACCACUUUAGGCAAAUUUGUCGAGGAUAAAACACCUAGUACUACCGACAAGGAGAUUAAGGAUGAAAAAUUGGACACAAUUGCUGCGUCUGAAAAGGUUAUUAAAGAAGAAAUCACAAAAGACAAAACCCCCAGUCCUGUGGAUAAGGCCGAAAAACCGGAACAAACCGCGAUGUCUAGAAAGAUUAAAGUAGAAGAAAUCACGAAAGACAAAAUCCCAAGUCCUGUCGUUAAGGCCGAAAAAAGAGAACCACUUAUGGUGUCUGAAAAGACUACUGUUGAUGAACUCGUCAAGAAGAAAUCAUCUAGUCCUACAGAAACGGCGGAUAAAGCCGUAAAACCAGAAUCACUUCCUGCGUCAGAAAAGCCCAUUGUUGACGAAAUUUCAAAAGACAAAACUUCAAGCCCUGUCGAUAAGGCCGAAAAACCAGAACCACCUGCGGUGUCUGAAAAGACCACUGUUGAUGAACUUGUCAUUGAGAAAACACCAAGCUCCACGGACAAGGAGGUUAAGGCCGAUAAACCUGAACCACUAACUGUGUCUGAAAAGCCCACAGAAGAAGAAAUCUCGAAAGACAAAACCCCAAGUCCUGUCGAUAAGGCCGAAAAACCAGAACCACUUACUGUAUCUGAAAAGCCCACUGUUGAUGAACUUGUCAAAGAGAAAACACCAAGUCCGACGGACAAGGAGGUUAAGGUCGAAAAACCGGAACCACUUACAGUGGCUGAAAAGACCACUGCAGAAGAAAUUUCAAAUAACAAAACUCCAAGCCCUGUGGAUAAGGCCGAAAAACCAGAACCACUAACUGUGUCUGAAAAGCCCAUUGUAGAAGAAAUCACAAAAGAUAAAACCCCAAGCCCUGUCGAUCAGACCGAAAAACCAGAACCACUUACGGUGUCUGAAAAGCCCACUGUUGAUGAACUUGUCAAGGAGAAAACACCAAGUCCGACGGACAAGGAAGUUAAGGCCGAAAAACUGGAACCACUUACAGUGGCUGAAAAGACCACUGUAGAAGAAAUCUCAAAAGACAAAACUCCAAGCCCUGAGGAUAAGGCCGAAAAACCAGAACCACUUACUGUGUCUGAAAAGCCCUCUGUUGAUGAACUUGUCAAAGAGAAAACACCAAGUCCGACGGACAAGGAAGUUAAGGCCGAAAAACCGGAAAAGCUAACUUUGUCUGAAAAGCCCACUGUAGAAGAAAUCACGAAAGACAAAACACCAAGCCCUGUCGAUAAGGCCGAAAAACCAGAACCACUUACUGUGUCUGAAAAGACCACUGUUGAUGAAUUUGUCAAAGAGAAAACACCAAGUCCGAUGAACAAAGAGGUUAAGGCCGAAAAACCGGAACCACUUACAGUGGCUGAAAAGAUCACUGUAGAAGAAAUCUCAAAAGACAAAACACCAAGCCCUGUGGAUAAGGCCGAAAAAUUCAAACCAAUUGCGGUGUUUGAAAAGCCCACUGUUGAUGAACUUGUCAAAGAGAAAACACCAAGUCAGACGGACAAGGAGGUUAAGGCCGAAAAACCGGAACCACUUACAGUGGCUGAAAAGACCACUGUUGACGAAAUCACGAAAGACAAAACUCCAAGCCCUGUGGAUAAGGCCGAAAAACCCGAACCAAUUGCGGUGUCUGAAAAGCCUAUUGUUGACGAAAUCACGGAAGACAAAACACCAAGCCCUGUCGAUAACGCCGAAAAACCAGAACCACUUACCGUGUCUGAAAAGCCCACUGUUGAUGAUCUUGUGAAGGAGAAAACACGAAGUCCAACGGACAAGGAGGUUAAGGCCGAAAAACUGGAAUCACUUACAGUGUCUGAAAAGACCACUGUAGAAGAAAUCACGAAAGACAAAACUCCAAGCCCUGUGGAAAAGGCCGAAAAAGCCGAACAACUUGCGGUGUCUGAAAAGACCACUGUAGAAGAAAUCUCGAAAGACAACACCCCAAGUCCUGUCGAUAAGGCCGAAAAACCGGAACCUCUUACUGUGUCUGAAAAGCCCACUGUUGAUGAACUUAUCAAGGAGAAAACACCAAGCCCGACGGACAAGGAGGUUAAGGCCGAAAAACCUGAACCACUUACGAUUUCUGAAAAGACUACUGUAGAAGAAAUCAAGAAAGACAAAACUCCAAAACCUGUGGAAAAGGCCGAAAAAGCCGAACAACUUGCGGUGUCUGAAACUACCACUGUAAAAGAAAUCUCGAAAGACAAAACCCCAAGUCCUGUCGAUAAGGCCGAAAAACCCGAACUACUUACUGUGUCUGAAAAGCCCAUUGUUGACGAAAUCUCGAAAGACAAAACCCUAAGACCUGUCGAUAAAACCGAAACAUCAAAACCACUAACUGUGUCUGAAAAGCCCAUUGUUGACGAAAUCACGAAAGACAAAACACUAAGCCCUGUCGAUCAGGCCGAAAAACCAGAACAAUUAACUGUGUCUAAAAAGCCCACUGUUGAUGAACUUGUCAAAGAGAAAACGCCAAGUCCGAAGGACAAAGAAUUUAAGGCCGAAAAAACUGAACAGCUAACUUUGUCUGAAAAGCCCACUGUAGAAAAAAUCACGAAAGACAAAACACCAAGCCCUGUCGAUAAGGCCGAAAAACCGGAACCACUCUCUGAAAAGCUCACAGUAGAACAAAUCACGAAAGACAAAACACCAAGACCUGUCGAUAAGGCCGAAAAACCAGAACCACUUACGUUGUCUGAAAAGCCCACUGUAGAAAAAAUCACGAAAGACAAAACACCAAGCCCUGUCGAUAAGGCCGAAAAACCAGAACCACUCACUGAGUCUGAAAAGCCCACUGUUGAUGAACUUGUCAAAGAGAAAACGCCAAGUCCGACGAACAAAGAAUUUAAGGCCGAAAAAACGGAACAGCUAACUUUGUCUGAAAAGCCUACUGUAGAAAAAAUCACGAAAGACAAAACACCAAGUCCUGUCGAUAAGGCCGAAAAACCCGAACUACUUACUGUGUCUGAAAAGCCCAUUGUUGACGAAAUCUCGAAAGACAAAACCCUAAGACCUGUCGAUAAAACCGAAACAUCAAAACCACUGACUGUGUCUGAAAAGCCCAUUGUUGACGAAAUCACGAAAGACAAAACACCAAGCCCUGUCGAUAAGGCCGAAAAACCGGAACCACUUACUGUGUCUGAAAAGCUCACAGUAGAAGAAAUCACAAAACACAAAACACCAAGCCGUGUCGAUAAGGCCGAAAAACCAGAACCACUUACCAUAUCUGAAAAGCCCACUAUUCAUGAUCUUGUGAAGGAGAAAGACAAGGAGGUUAAGACCGACAAACCGGAUCAACUUACUGUGUCUGAAAAGCCUACUGUAAAAGAAAUCGCGAAAGACAAAACCCCGAGCUUUGUCGAUAAGGCCGAAAAACCAGAACCACUUACCGUGUCUGAAAAGCCCACUGUUGAUGAUCUUGUGAAGGAAAAAACACCAAGUCCGACGGACAAGGAGGUUAAGGUCGAAAAACCGGAUCAGCUUACUUUGUCUGAAAAGCCCACUGUAGAAGAAAUCACGAUAGACAAAACACCAAGCCCUGUCGAUAAGGCCGAAAAACCAGAACCACUUACGGUGUCUGAAAAGCCCACUGUUGAUGAACUUGUCAAGGAAAAAACACCAAGUCCGACGGACAAGGAAGUUAAGGCCGAGAAACCGGAACAGCUAACUUUGUCUGAAAAGCCCUCUGUAGAAGAAAUCACGAAAGACAAAACACCAAGCCCUGUCGAUAAGACCGAAAAACCAGAACCACUUACGGUGUCUGAAAAGCCCACUGUUGAUGAACUUGUCAAGGAAAAAACACCAAGUCCGAUGGACAAGGAAGUUAAGGCCGAAAAACCGGAACAGCUAACUUUGUCUGAAAAGCCCUCUGUAGAAGAAAUCACGAAAGACAAAACACCAAGCCCUGUCGAUAAGGCCGAAAAACUAGAACCACUUACGGUGUCUGAAAAGCCCACUGUAGAAGAAAUCACAAAAGAUAAAACCCCAAGCCCUGUUGACAAAACCGAAAAACCAGAACCACUAACUGUGUCUGAAAAGCCCAUUGUUGACGAAAUCACAAAGGACAAAACACCAAGCCCUGUUGAUAAGGCCGAAAAACCAGAACCAUUUGCGGUAUCUGAAAAGUCCACUGUUGAUAAACUUGUUAAGGAGAAAACACCAAGCCCGAAGGACAAGGAGGUUAAGACCGAAAAACCGGAACCACUCUCUGAAAAGCUCACUGUAGAAGAAAUCUCGAAAGACAAAACUGCAAGUCUUGUCGAUAAGGCCGAAAAACCAGAAACACUUACUGUAUCUGAAAAGCCCACUGUAGAAGAAAUCACAAAAGACAAAACACCAAGCCCUGUCGAUAAGGCCGAAAAACCCGAACUACUUACUGUGUCUGAAAAGCCCAUUGUUGACGAAAUCUCGAAAGACAAAACCCUAAGACCUGUCGAUAAAACCGAAAAAUCAGAACCACUUGCGGUGUCUGAAAAGACCACAGUUGAUAAACUUGUCAAGGAGAAAACACCAAGUCCGACGGACAAGGAGGUUAAGACCGAAAAACCGGAACCACUCUCUGAAAAGCUCACUGUAGAAGAAAUCUCGAAAGACAAAACUCCAAGUCCUGUCGAUAAGGCCGAAAAACCAGGAACACUUACGUUGUCUGAAAAGCCCACUGUUGAUGAACUUGUCAAAGAGAAAACACCAAGUCCGACGGACAAGGAGGUUAAGGCUGAAAAACCGGAACCACUUGCUGUGUCUGAAAAGCCCACUGUUGACGAACUUAUCAAGGAGAAAAAACCAAGCCCGACGGACAAGGAGGUUAAGGCCGAAAAACCAGAACCACUUACUGUGUCUGAAAAGCCUACUGUCGACGAAAUCUCACAAGACAAAAUCCGAAGCCCUGUCGAUAAGGCCGCAAAACCAGAACAAACCACUAUUGUCGAACAUGUUAAAGACAAAACAGUAAGCCAUGCUGAUAAGACGGGUAAAUUCGAAAAAUCGUUACUAACUGAUGACAAGAUCGAAAAACUAAUUCCAGCUGUUAUUGAUGCAAAGACGCCUAUAGACAAACUUGUGAAAGAGAAAACGCCUUCUCCUGAAAUUUCGAAACAAAGUCUUGCUUUUACAACAAAGGACGAAAAGAUUGCAUUACCCACUGAACAAACAGUUGAUAAUGAUAGAACGGCUGUCAAUGAAACAAUGAGUAAGACAGUUUACGUCAAUGGUCACUUCCAGUCACCUAAAUCAAGUUUGGAAGAUGACACAAAAGACACAUUUGAUUUAGAUAAUUGUCACUCUUUAAGUUCUGAACUUAAGACCUUAUCUCCGAAAGAUAAGAUUUCACAAGAUGAUUUUACCACUAAAUCGCCAUUCGCAAAGCAAAUAAAAGAAACUGAAGAAAUGCUUAAGAAAGAAAAAAGUUUCUAUUCAGAAUACGACAUUGGAUUCCAAAGCAUGAAAGACAGUGAUGAUAAAUUGGGUUCUUUGUCUACGAUCGAUAGUGGAAUCAUUGAUAGGGACAGCUUUACCGAUAACUUAAAGCACGGCAUUAGUUCUGAGGACAUUUCAAAAGAUGUCAGUGUAGAAGAAAAAUAUAGUUUUGAGACUUCAGAAAAAUCUGAAAAAAUGGUAGACCAGGCAAGGAAAACGGCUGGUGGUUAUAAAGUAACAACUAGUGAAUUUAGCAGCUACAGUGAUUCAUAUCAAUCUACAAGCAGUCAACAUUCAAGUUUUGUCGAUAGCACUCAAGAAGGGCCAUUGUCAGAUGUUAAUAUUGCACUAUCUCAAGUAGAACACCAACAACAACAGUUCAGUAUCGAUUCAUUUGGUUCUAAACUGCAUCGUGUUCAUACCUCAGAACACAUAAAAGAUAAGUCAAUUGGUGGAACGCCUAAACAAGCUGCUGAGUCGCAGCUUGUUAAAACUAUUCAUGCAGCAUUUAAAGACGAAAGCAUACAACAGGGAAUAAAAACAGAAGAUUUUGAAUACUUUAGUUCAAAAGUUGAUAGAGUUUCAACUCCACCUACGGUACCAGUUAGCCCCCUACCGAAAGUGUCUAGUACGUUACAAGACCUAAAAUUGGCUGACGGUGUUCAAAGUGAAGUGAAAUAUGACAAAUUACAGGGAGCUGAAGAAACGAUAACCAAAAUUGUUCAUGUCGGCGAAGACGUUUUAACUCAAAAAAUUUCAACAUCAACUGAGAAAGUACCGAAAACACUUAAAAGCGACAAAGAAGAUGAAGAUACUUUAUCUUUAAUACAAACCAUGGGGAAAAUAAAAACAGAAACCGACACUGUUACAAAGAUAAUUAAAGACGGUGACAAUGUGGUAACGCAAACUAUUACUACAGUAACGACUAAAGAAAUUAUUUCUAGAGAAGAUGGCACACCACAAAACGUUAAAACUACUAUUGAGACUACUACUCUUAGUAAAAGUUCAGAUGGAUCAAUAACGACUACCACAGACACUCAAACGUUACUUUCAGAAUGUUCUUCUAGUCUUCGAUCGACUUCACAGAUGGAUUUGUACGACAAAGAUAAAAAACUAGAUAAAUUACACAUUGAGCAUGGUGACGAAAAAUCUGAAUCGGAAUAUAGCUAUCAGACUCAAGAAAGUUAUAGUGAAAAAGGAUUUUCGGAAAGAGAUAAAUCACAUUUUAUCAAAGAAGAUGAAGAAAUUGACAGCAACAUUGAAGCUAUUGUUAUAAAUACUGAUGUUAGCAAGAAAAUUAUAAACGAAAAUAACUUAGAUAUCAUAGAAACGAUUACUACAACAACAAAGAAAGAAACCAUACGAAUCGAUGAUAAUAAAAAAAUAAAUAAAACCACAGUGGAAACAAAUACGACUAAAGAAUACCCAGAUGGUAGUAAAAAUGUACAGAAAAAUGUAGAAGUUAAAACAGAAGACGUAACUGUCGCUUCAACUAGUAGUUUCGAUAAAUUACUUGCCAAUUUCUCACUGUUGGAAGAACCCGAAGAAAAUGUUUCGAUUAAAACGGAAACAGUCACAUAUGAUGAUGUUGUUGUAAAACGUACAAUAUCAACAAAAACAAUAAAAUCUAAAUAUGUUGACAAUGAUAGUAUUCCAAGAAAGUUAAAAACGGUUACAAUAGUUACAACAACAGAUGAAUAUCCUGAUGGAUCCACACAAACAAAAAUUGAUACAAGUACAUCUCUAGCAGAUAUAGAGGUGGAAGAUAUUGAAGAAACCUUAGAUCUUUCAGAAUACACGAUAGAAGAAGACACGAAUGUUGAAGUACAACGACAAGAAAAUAAUGUAAUUCUUGAUGGUAAAAAUGUUUUGCAAAUCGUUACAACAAUAACCACUAAAAAAGUCUUAAGUACGGAAGAUAAAGCAAAGAAAAAACUAAAGACUAUUGUUGAGACCAUUACUGAAUCAAUUCUACCAGAUGGAAUAACUGAAGUUACAAAAGAUGUAAAAAUGUAUAUUUCGGAUUAUAUUACUCAGCCAGAAGAUUUCAUUCCAGAGGAUAUUCCAGGCGGAUUUUUAAAAGUUGGAAAACCCCAAGUAGAAACAAAAACUGAAAAAGAAACAACAACUGACUCAGGUGUAACAUUAAACAGGACUGUUACUAUUACGACCACUAUUCAAAAAUAUGUCUGUUUUAAUAAAAUGCUUAAAAGAAUAAAGACAACAGUUAAAACAAUUACAGAAGAUGAGUAUCCAGAUGGUUCGGUGAUUACUAAAACAAGUGAACGAGUUUCUACAUUAGAUGAACAGUUGGAAAACGACAUGAAUGAUUUGAAAGAAAAUGAAUUAAAAGACGCUCUACAAAGUACUAGGGCUAAUGAAAUAAUCAAAGAGCUUUUACCAAUAGACGAACCAGAAGAAACAGAAACAGUGGAAAGAGAGGAAGUACUAGAAAAUGAUUUAAUAAUAAAACGAACGAUAUGUACUAAAAUAAUUAAAAGUCAUUAUUCAAAUAUGCGAUGCAGUUUUAUAGUACAAAAAGUAGUAAAAACCAUUACAACAACAGACGUAUUUCCAGAUGGUUCAUCCAAGACUUCGGUAGAUACAACUACAUCUAUAUCAGAAAUCUUUCCGGAAGAAGAAGAAGAGGAGAAGAAGAAGGAAGCGGUGGAUGAAUAUACACCAGAAGCAGAAAAGGACGUUAAAGUAGAAAAAAGAACAAAUAUUCUUGUUAGAGAUGGAGUAAAAAUUAAGCAAGUCAUCACAACAACUACUACGACAGAAAUAAUACUAACUGAAGAUUCAAACAAAAAAAUUAAAACAACAGUAGAGACAGUCACCGAGUCCACAUCACCAAACGGUUCUGUUGAAGUGGUUAAAGAUGUCAAAGUAUCUAUAACUGACUACGAAGAGGAUAAGCUUGAAGAAACAUUAAAGGAAUUUAUUGAAAUCGGUAAACCUGUAAUCACACAAAGUUCCGACUUGGAAGAUGUAAAUCAAAAUGGUAUCACUAUAUCUAGAAAAACAACAAUUACAACAACAAAGCAAGAAUAUGAAAGAACUUCAACAAGAUCAAGAAAAGUAAAAAUUAUUGUCGAAACUGUUAUAGAAGACGAAUACCCUGAUGGUACAGUUAUAACAAAAAGAAGCGAAAAAAUAUCUAUUGCUGAUGUUUUGCCAACAAUGACAUCCGAAACACUAGAAGAUGAAGAGGUUCCAAAAUCUCUUAUUGAUGAUACAGAAAUAGUUGAAGAUACUACUGAAGAAAUGGAUAUUAAGCAAGAAACUUUCCUACAAGGCUCGAUAAUAAUUAAACGAACUAUUACCACUAAAACGAAACGAGAUACUUUGGCUAGCGACGACCAAAAUAUUAAACGGGUUCGAACUACUGUUGAAACCACUACAGUUGAUGAAUAUCCGGAUGGUUCAGUGGAAACAACAAAAGAUGUUAAAAUCACCAUAUCCGAAUAUCAAAAAACGACUGACAGCGAUUUACAGGCCGCUCUAAGAGGUUUAACUUCCACGGGCAAGAUCAAAACAUCAGUUGACAAACAAUCGAACCAUGUUUUAACAGAAAGUAAUGAACAUGUUACCCAAAAAAUAACAACCUACACGACUAAGGAAGAGUUUAAGAAUAACGACACAAGCGAGAUCGCUGUGAAAACUGUAACUGAAACAGUUACUGAAAACGUUCACAAUGAUGGUACGAUUGAAACUACAAAAGAUGUUAGAACACAAAUCACAUAUCUGCCACCAGGCACUGGACUAGACGAUUGGUCGCCGGAGGAUUUAGAAAAAAUUACCAGCAAACAACCGACAACGGUAGAAGAUAAGCCUAAAAUUGAUGACUUAAUUCUUGAAGACAAGCAUGGAAAGAAUGUAGCGGAAAAGCCUAGAAAACAACGUUCUCCCGUAGGUGAAAUAACGACAGAUACUGAAACAUUUACAAAAAUUAUUAAAGAAGGUGAUAACGAGAUCACGCAGACCAUCACUGUUGUAACAACGAAAGAAGUCAUCACACCGGAAAAAAUUAAGAUCACUGUUGAAACUACUACUGUAAGUAAAGGAAACGAUGGCAUUGUCAAAACUACAAAGUCAACAAAAACAACAAUAUCCGAAAUCAAAGAAGAGUAUGAAGAAAUUAUUGAUACGGGCGAGAGUGAAAAGUCGUUUUCUAAACUUUCAUCUAAAACAGGGGACAUGCGUAGUUCGUCCGCUGCCAGUGAUGACCUAGACCAUCCCGGGAUUUCAACACCACCCUCGGACAUAAGUUCCAGAGGAUCAAGGGCAGCGACGCAUGUGUGGGGUACUGAAAGCAGUGGCAUGUACUAUAGUGACGACGAUGGACAAAUGAGUCCAAGUAGUACAAAAUCUCAAAUUGCACACUCACCGCGAUCAAACGUUAGCUUUGAACUAGAUCCAAAAUUAUCACAGCUUUCGGAGACUUGCCCAGAUUUGCCAGAAGACAAAUCUGAAUUUGAGUCCAUGACAUAUAGAGAAUCGUCACCAUCCGUGCAUUUAAGUCAUAUUGUUGAUACUGAUUCCUGUACAUCAUCCACGCAUUCCGAAGUUAAGUCUGAAGUUCAAGUUAUUGACAAAAAACAAUCAUUUAAGUCUGACAUCACAUUCCUUAAAGAAGCUGAUGAACAUUUCGAAAAGGCAAUAGAAGAACAUAAAAAAGUUAGUGGAUCUGAUGUAAUUUCAAGUAUUACAGCUAAAUAUGAAUUGGGCCAACAAAGUCAUUCAAGUAUGAGUCAACAACUGUCAUCAAAAGAAGAAAGUACAAUUACAUUAAAGGAUAUCAAGUCUGAAUCAAAGAAAUCAUCUGAGACAUCUUCAUUCAGUGCCACGAGACAGGAAUCAAAAUCUAAAACUCAAAGUCAAAGCGUAGAAAAAGAUCCUAUCGAAUCUUGGGGGAAGCCCUUAGGUCUACCUAGUCCCAUUCAACCUCCUACACAGGGUGACAGCAAAAACACCCCUAAAAGACAAGGGCCCAGUUCAAACGUUCAAUUGAAGAACAAGUUGAAUCAAGAGAAGAGUAAAGAUAUGAAAAAUAGAGCAUCAGAGUCUCCCAGUAAGAAGAAAUCCCCGAGCCCCGUGUACAUGGAACUCACGUACGUGCCCCACCACGGCAACUCUUACUACUCCGCGAUUGAAUUCUUUAAGCGCGUCAGAGCUCGCUACUACGUGUUCUCGGGCACCGAGCCUUCGAAAGAGAUUUACAAUGCUCUUCUCGACGCUAAGAAGACUUGGGAAGAUAAAGAAUUAGAAGUAACGAUCAUUCCGACAUAUGACACGGACGUGCUGGGCUACUGGGUCACGGAGAACGAGGAGGCGUUGGAAAAAUACAAGAUCGACCUGUCGCCGUCAGCCUCGCGCUGCACCAUCAACCUGCAGGACCACGAGACCUCCUGCGCCGCGUACAGACUCGAAUUCUAGGUGUCGGGACUAUUUGUGGCGUUCUCAGCGAACUAGUGAGCCGACAAUGUUCGCAUGCUUCUGAAUGAUGGAACCAAAGAGUAAUUAUUUGUCGUAGGAAAUAAAAAAGGGCUGUGAUAAAAGAGGCAUUCAGAAGCAUUCACAUUGAUCGAUUCAAGCCGCUCGUUCGCGUGGGAUCCCUUACAAAUAGAUAUAAUAGACUAUGUGAUAUUGUAACGCAAACGACAGACUGUUAAGGAGUUUGAUAUAAGUAAGAACGUAAACAAUUGACAUUUGAGCGAGUUGCCUCUAGCCUGCUACGAGCUGCAGCUAUCACGGACAAGCGAAUCCUAAACGGCCAAGUCCCCAACAAUAUAUCAAUAACCAAGUAUUCGACCUAAGAACAGAGACGUCCAUUUUUUUCUAAAGAUACCGUUUUCUAAUAACGUCAUAAAUAUUAACAUGCCAUUUAAAAUAUAUUUCUGAGUAUUUUUUAAAUUUGGUCUUAUACAAUCUGUAGAGCUUUUAUACAUGAUAUUUAGCGUAACCAGUCCAUUUUGUUUAGCCAAAACACCGCUUAUGUAAAUGUCUAAAUUUUUGAAAAUUAUUUUGCUAACGCAUAAAUUCUACAUAGAGAAUAUUGUACAAAAAGUAUUUAAUAUACGAUUUUUUUUAAUUGAGCGCUUUUUGAAAAGGACGUAACGAUUCGUGCGGCCCCUGCGAGCUGCGACGCCCGUAGGGGCGCAACCGACAACUACUAAACAACUUUUCUACAACUAAAAUUUUAAAUAAAUUUAAAUGUACGUCUUAUAAAGACUUAAACAUGUCGUUGGUCAAUGUCGACACUCUUUAUUAAUGUUUCUUACAAUCAAGAUAACUGUUAAACUAAUCUAGAAUGGCAAAGAUAACUUCCCGAUAUUGAAUUAAGUACAGUUAGGUUAUUACGAGGUGAGAAUCG